UACCUUAUUCAUGGUCUGCCAACAUGCAGUCUGGUUGUAGUUCAAAUUUUUCAUUUGAUUGAUCCUUGGAAUAUCCAUGUUGAACUACAAACGUAGCUCGGAUGCAAUCUGAUUACAGUCGGAUGCUUGGAAGCCGCCGUGGGAUUAAGCAUCACUAUGAUGGAUUGAUGGCCGUCCAUGAUCUGACCCGAAGUCCUCGCCUAAGGCGGUGUGAUCCCCUUUGACCCAAGUCUAACACACACACACACACAGUCUCUCUCUCUCCCCCGAUGGAGUUUGAAUCCGAUCUCCCGCAGAAAAUUGUCGACCUGUUAGCUUCCGCGGGUUAUUCGAGGGCAUGCGACUCUUCUCUCUCAGUUCUUGACAAGGUUACCGGUGGUCUGGCUUGGUGCAUUUCCCGCUGCAAUACCAACUCCGAUCUCUGCGUCGCUUCUGAUGGCGCCGCCUGUCUGCAAGAUCAAUUAAAAGUCGGUGAGAUUAUUGGGGUUGCGCUGCGGUCCGUUGGGUGUCCACAUCCUCUUGAAACUCACCAGAUUCAAGGCCUGGAUUACGAUCACGUCUAUCCUGUUCUAGAAUGGAUCGUCAAUCGGAUUACUUCGAUGCGGGAGAAUAUGAGAGAUGAGAAUCUAGUCAAUGCAACUAAUCUCAACUGGCAUCUGCUUAUGCAGAAAAAUGCUGAUCCACAUGCACAAUCGAAUGAAGCAGGAGAAAAGCUUCAUACAGAUGAGCAUUCCUCCGAUUUUGAAGGUCUAGAACGUUUGUUCGGUGCUGCAACAGAAAAACGGGAUAGAGCACAGCAACUACUUACUUCCAGGUUAAGGAAAAUACUACAUUUGAAGCAUCAGGUUGAUGAUAUGCCUACCCAGAUGGAACUUAUCCAGUAUGAACGGCGGUUUGCUGAAUUGUACAUGCAAAUCCAGAAAAUGGAUGAGUUACCUCAUGGUGGGAUCCCACACUUCGGAAAUACUCCUAAUGGUCCUGAAGGGGAUAGGGAAAAACUUCAACAUACGCGAAGACUCUAUGAUACUUAUAAUGCUCUGCUAGAGACCAAGGAAUUGGCAUCAAAAGAAAUUUCAUUGUUGAAUUCAAUAAAUCAACAGUUUCAAGAUGCCAUAACCAGUACAAGUGGCCGUAUUAAGCUUAUAAAUUCCUUGGAGAGCAUCUCAAAUGGAACUCAGCAGAAAUUGGACAAACUUCGGCUUAGUUUGGAAGAGGAACAAAAGAUAUGUUCAGGCCUCAAGGAGAAGUUAGCUGCAACAACUGAAGAGCAGCACCGUUUCUCUUCCCUUUUAAAAUCUUUCCAGGAUGAGUACGCCAAGAAUGAAAGUUUAAGGACUGCAAGGGCACCAACGUAGAGAAUUGUGAAGAAUGAAUGAUUAAGAAAUGCUAGGGAACAAAUCCAACUUGCUACUGAUCUAUUCUUGGGGAGAAAUAUGAUGUCUGGUUCAAGUGAUGGACUGAGGAUGCCGAGGUGAUAUUGGACUACCUAUUAGCUUAUCCUCUGCAGAGGGAGGCUGGCUUUGGGGAAAAAAAAAUGCCUACUGCGUCCCAAAAAGUAAAGGAAAGAAGAGCUAAUGGUCACCAACAGCCUGUUUAUUCUAUUCUUGUGAACAUCAAGUUCUCUAGAAGCCAUUCUUUGUAACUGUAAUACCAUUCACUUUUACGGCAUGUAGCUCUAACUGUUGAUUAUGCCAAUACCUCGGCAUAUCAUAACUUUUUCAUGCUGUUAGUAUAUUUUCCAAUUUAUCAAAUCAUGGGCUCAUUAAACAAGCGUUUAUGUAUUGGAAUUGUUUGAAAGUAGUUCGAUAUCGGAAGUUUCAACGA